AUGCUUUGUCCGUUAUCAUUUUUUCAAGCGGUGUUCCUGUUCUUGUUCACGGCCACCGGGGUUGUUGUUGCGAUGUUCAGAAAUCAAUUGAGCUUGAUCGCAUUUCGGACAAUUUUCGCCGCUACCUAUAUAAUACCGUACUACACGACCUUAACGCCAUUAGUGAUGUUAUGGAUUAUUAGAAAAUCGAAGCGACGGAAUACGAAACGUUUGGAGGCGAUGAGAAAUGUCGAGAACGAGCGAGAAUUGUAUUUUAAUGAAUGUUCAAAAAUAUGGAAUAAAGCUUGA